GUCAACAAACAGCUACUGCUUUAACUACAUUUUUCCAAUUUUGGUGUUAUAUUACACCUAUCUUUGGUGCCAUUGUCGCUGAUCAAUACCUUGGUAAAUAUCGUGCUAUCCUUGUAUUUGCUUGUAUUUAUCUUGUUGGUUUGAUUAUUUUAACUUCUACUGCUACUCCUGCUGGUAUUGCCAGUGGCGCUGCUUUCCCUGGUUUUAUCGUCGCUAUUAUUAUUAUCGGUCUUGGUACGGGUGGUAUCAAGUCUAAUGUAUCCCCCCUUAUUGCUGAACAAUAUCAAAGUAGAACUCCCUAUAUUCGCGUUGACAAGAAGGGUGAACGUGUCAUCGUCACUCCUCAGGCUACUUAUCAAAAGAUUUUCAAUAUGUUUUACUGGGGUAUCAAUGCAGGCUCUCUCUCCGCUAUCGCUACAACAGAAUUGGAAAAGAAUGUUGGCUUUUGGCCCGCUUAUCUUUUGCCUACUUUAAUGUUUAUUCCUGGUAUUGCUGUUGUCUUUUUAGGUCGUAAACGUUAUGUUCAAGUACCACCCCGUGGUUCUGUCUUGAUUGAAGCAUUUAAAGUCAUUUUCUACAGUUUCAAGACUAAAGGUGGUUUAGAAUCUUGUAAACCAUCUAAUCUUAUUGCUGAUAAUCCUGAAUUAGCUGCUAAUGCUACAUGGGAUGAUAUAUUUGUUGAUGAAUUAAGACGUGCUCUUAAAGCUUGUAUUGUCUUUUGUUGGUAUCCCAUUUACUGGCUUUGUUAUUCACAAAUGACAAACAAUCUCAUCUCUCAAGCUGCUACCAUGUGGACUGGCAAUGUUCCUAAUGAUAUCAUGCAAAAUAUUGAUCCUCUUGUAUUGAUUGUUACUAUUCCUAUCAUGGAUCGUUUGGUCUAUCCUGGUCUUCGUCGUCUUGGUUUCCCUAUGGGUCCUAUUCUUCGUAUUUCAUUAGGUUUUUUCCUUGCAUCUAUCGCUAUGGCUUACACUGCUGGUAUUCAAUCUAAGAUCUAUGCCAAUACUUCUCCUUGGCCCAUUUCUGCUGCUUACCAAAUUCCUUCUUAUGCCUUUAUUGCCUUCUCUGAAAUCUUUGCCUCUAUUACUGGUCUCGAAUAUGCUUACAAGAAAGCACCUCAAUCAAUGAAGUCCAUUGUCAUGUCUCUUUUCUUACUUACCAACUGUUUUGCUUCUAUCUUGGGCUUUGCAUUAGUCUCUGUUGCCGUAGAUCCCAAAUUAACUUGGAUGUAUACAGGUAUCGCUUGUGCUUCAUUUGUUUGUUCUAUCCUCAUUUAUAUCUGUCAUCAUAAGAAUGAUAAAACUGAUACCGCUGAUGAUGCUAUCGGUCGUAGUACGGAUGAAAUUAAAGAAUACAACAAGAAAAAUACAGUUACUGACUAUGAAGCUGAAAAGGGUGCUGUGUAAACAAGCAAACAAACACACACACACACAAAAGCUACAAAUGGUAGUCACCUCAAAUUAUACAUAUAUACAUAUUUAUAUAUUCACCUCCUCCUCCCACUCUUCUCUCUCUCUCUUUUCCUCUCCCUUUUUUUUUUCAAUACUAUAGAUUAUAGGUUUUAAUAAUUUUACUAUACACUUUAACAAAUUUAACACUUUAUUGUUCAUUAUGUAAUAUUUAUAUUAUUAUUUUCUACUUUUAGAAUAAGCAGUGCUUUUCUAAUUUGAUAUACAAAGAAAAAAAAAUAAUAAUAAAUAUUAUGUAUAUAUCCUCUUAUUUUUUUUGUCAAUAAGUAGCAGUUCUUUCAAAAAAAAAAAAUAAAAUAG